AUGCCCCUCAAACAAGAACCAGUAUUUGAGCCUUGGUCUCUUCCUCCCUCCAUGAAUGCUAGCUCUACCUCAGGAUCUACUCAAUCAACAGAUACCAACACGGGUGGCACCUCAAGCUCUCAAAGUGGUGGGUCAUACGUUCCUUCUGGGGGAUCUCAGACUCAAACUCAACAAGGACCACAAUCUCCUGCGUCGACAUUCGAGUGGCCAAGAGAAUCUGGAGGUUGUUAA